AUGUUUGAACGUUUCGUAUACUGCUUGCAACACGAUGAUAUGCGAACAACACAAUCGGAGUUCAACCGCCAUUUCCGGAUAGACGAAACUUCCGGGAAGCUGAGUGUUUUUCCCGUGGAUGCCACACAUGGCUCCGCCUCUGCGGCGAUAGGCGAUUCCGUCCUUGCAAGUCAGCCGCGUGCUAUCUGCAAAGUUUCAGGCAAGGCCUCAGAAGAUUCCGGCAUGGACACCAAGUCGGUGGCAUUCGCGCUGCUGUGCACACUGCUCGCAGCCUGCGCCCAGCCGUACGAUGGUGGCGUCCUCCGCGCACCUCGAGACUUCUAUGAGGAGCGGCCACGUGGAUUGGAUCGUGGAGGUGGUCUAGAAAGAGAGUUUGGCAGUGGCCUCGAAAGAGAGUCAGUCGGUGGCUAUCCAGGUGGAUAUCGAGACCGAGGCCCUGAAAGGUUUCCACAAUCCGCAUCGGGAAGCUAUCCCGGUAGAAGGCCGGCAGGACUGCCAAGUCGGGACGUCUACCCGGGAGGCUUGCCGGGAGGAACCAGCCCGACACUUUGCGGAGGGAGCGUAUGUCCCAUCGGAAGCCGUUGUGUGUCGCAACGGAACAGUUGUGUGCGGAAACCAUGCUACCCCACCAAAAUAUGUGUUUCCUAGGACAUAUACGACUGAGCGGGCCUAACGAAUAAGAGCCACACCUCCUCAGCGAAUACAGGGAAAUUCAUCGUCCCGCCUUUGUUGAACGGAAAUAAACAAAUAUACUAGAA